UUUGUUUGAUCCCGUCGUCUCUCUCACCGUGAAAAAUGGCUGCUGUGCUCGAUGAGGUCGGCAAAUCCGCUGAAAAACUCAUUGACGAGGAAGCCGACGAUGUCGUUGACGACGAAGACGACACUGGGCCAACUGAUGUAACCAAGAAGAAGAAGAAAAAGAAAAAGAAGAAGAAGACUGCUGCUGGGGAGCUGACGACUCCAGAGGCCGCGGAGGACAAGAAGGAGGAUGAGAGUGAGGGUCAGGAAGGCGCAGGUGAAAAUGGAGGUGAUACAGACGAAGUCAAGAAAAAGAAGAAGAAGCGUAAGCCCCGAGGCAAGGGAGCGAAGCAGCAGACAGACCCCCCAACAAUUGCGGUGUCUGACCUCUUCCCCGACGGUAAUUUCCCCGAGGGCCAGAUAAUGGAGCACCCCCCGGCAGCGGGAGUGGACGAGAGAACCGCCAAGGAAAGAUUCACGAGCGAAGAGGCAAGAGCCCUCGACAGAAUGCACAACGACAUUUACAUGGAGGCACGUCAGGCCGCUGAGGCCCACCGUCAGACCAGAAAGCACAUUAUGAACUGGGUGAAGCCCGGAAUGUCGAUGAUAGAGAUCUGCAAUGAGCUCGAGAAUACUGCCAGGAGGCUCAUCGGUGAGGACGGCCUCAAGGCUGGCCUCGCCUUCCCCACUGGCUGCUCCAGGAACCACUGCGCUGCCCACUACACUCCCAACGCCGGGGACACCACGGUCCUGGGCUACGACGACGUCACCAAGAUUGACUUUGGCACUCACAUAAACGGCAGGAUUAUUGACUGCGCAUUUACCCUGGCCUUCAACCCCAAGUUCGAUAAAUUGAUCGAGGCCGUGCGCGACGCCACUAAUACGGGGAUUAAGGCUGCUGGCAUUGAUGUCCAGCUUUGCGACGUGGGGGCUGCGGUUCAGGAGGUCAUGGAGUCGUAUGAGGUGGAGAUUGACGGGAAAACCUACCAGGUAAAAUCAAUUAGGAAUCUUAAUGGGCACUCAAUCGCACCCUACCGCAUCCACGCAGGUAAGACAGUGCCAAUAGUGCGUGGCGGUGAAGCCACCAGGAUGGAGGAGAACGAGUUUUACGCUAUUGAGACGUUUGGAUCGACUGGUCGUGGAGUUGUGCACGACGACUCUGAUUGCUCGCACUACAUGAAGAGCUUCGACGCUGGUUUCGUCCCUCUGAGGCUCCAGAGCAGUAAAUCAUUGUUGAAUACGAUCAACAAGAACUUUAGCACUCUGGCAUUCUGCAAACGCUGGCUAGACCGAGCUGGCUGCACCAAGUACCAAAUGGCCCUCAAGGAUUUAUGUGACAAGGGUGCAGUAGAGGCAUACCCACCACUGGUAGACGUUAAAGGCUGUUACACAGCUCAAUUCGAGCACACCCUCGUUCUGCGUCCAACCUGCAAGGAAGUUAUCUCACGUGGUGAUGACUAUUAAUCCCUCCCAUACGUUGCAGACCACUCACCAAUGUGCGUCGAUGCACAUUAACGCGCUUUGAUAGGUGAGGAAGGUCCAGAGCAUCAUCAAUGCUGAUCUUUUCUACUUACUAUGCAUUUUCGAUGUGUUUCUCCUCUUAUUUUACCAGUUUUUCUUCUCUUUUCUUAUUGAUUAUUGAUGACAUGAGAGGAUUAAUAUCACUGUUGAAUAAAAAACAGGCAAUAUGUGGUAAUUGA